AUGGGGUUCGAGAAAAUGCGAUUUGGUGGCUUGGAUACUGAAUCAACGGUUCCCAUCAUCCAGGAAUUGAAUAAGGUACUAGCUCUAAGUGCCUACUUUACACAUACAUUCCAGCCAACCCCGGGCGUACUUUUUUAUUUGGAUUCAUCGAAGGAGCGCCUUUAUCGAGCUUUACUGGCUGAUACUCACGAUCUCCACACUAAUGGAUACUAUGGAAGUUCCGUCUGGGGUUGCGGGACCACGGAUGUUGCCAUGCCAUCCGUGAACAGGUUGGCUAAAUCCAUCCGCCCUAUGUAUCCGAUUAUUUGGACAUCACCUCUGGAAAAUAAAGGUCAUGGGGAAUCACCUAUGGCUGACUGGAUGAAAGCUUCGAUGGAUGCGGCAUCAGGCCUGCUGAUUCUUAUCUUUUUAGGCGAGUAA